UUUUCUUCUUGUUUCUAUACUUGAAUAUGAUGGACUCUGAGGUUUCUGAUAAGCUCAAAAUUUGUGAUGGCGGUCAUAAUGAUGGCAACUCACAUGAUAAAUGGCUUGCAUUAUGUUCAGAUAUGAAGGAACCUCUUUUUACUGACAAUUUUGAAUUUGAAGAUGAUGAUGAUGUUGCUUUAUUGCCAAGGCUUACUCCGAACUCCAGUUUGGGAACAUGUAGUGGUAAACUUGAGGCUUCUGUUAAGAAGAGGCUGUUUGAUAACAGUGAUUCCUUGCAUAUUUCUGUUAAGAAAUCAAAGGUGUCGUUGUGCGAUGAUCGCGAUGAAUACGGAGAUGAAGAUGGUGAUCCGUCGUCGGAUAUAACUAAAAGGCUGGGAAAAUCUAUUGAUAGAUCAUUUUCCUCGUUGAAGAAAGAUCUUGAGUUUGUUGAAAAGUCAUUUGAGGAAUGUAAAAAGAAGAGGAGAGAAGAAGAGAAGAGAUUGGAGUCUGUAAAGAGAGAGAUUAAGGAGUGUAGCAGAGAGCUUGUAACUAAGAAGAAGCUAGAUGGUUGCGUUAGAAGAAUUAAUGAAAUUCAUAACAAAAUGAUGGGGAAAAUUGAAGGAUUUGUUACGGAUUUUGUAGGGAAGGAAUCACAGCUGUGUUUGAUAGAGGACUUGAUUGGAGAGCGCAAGCAAGAGCUUAGGGUAAAAGAGAUAGAACUUGGUCAAGUCAUGAAUAACAUUUCGAAAGAGAGGGAAUUUGAUAGACGACUUGAAAGCCAAAUGAAGGGGCUGUUGGAUGAUUUGUUGUUAAAACAGAAGCAUUUCGAAAGGGGAACCAUGGAACUUGAGUUAAAAGAGAAGAAACAUGAAGGGCUUGUGAUGAAGUGGGAAUUAAAAGAGGGAGAAUUGGAAGGCCAAAUGAAGGAGCUGGAAACUAAAAAGAAGCAUUUUGAAAGCCAAGUGGAUGAACUCAAAGCAAAAGAAAGGCAGUGGAAAGGACAAGUUAAGGAAUUUGAGUCUAAAGAAAAAUUACUUGAUGGCCGAGUGAAAGAGGUUGAUUGGAAAGAGAGUGAAUUUGAAGGGCGGGUGAAGGAGCUGGAAUUAGAAAAGAAACAUUUUGAAAGCCGACUGAAGGACCUUGAGUCAAAAGAGAAGCAGCAUGAAAGUCGAGUGAAGGAGCAUGAUUCUAAAAUGGAUGAAUUCGAGUGCCGAGUGAAGGAGCUGGAAUUAGAGAAGAAGCAAUCCGAGUGCCGACUGAAGGAGCUCGAAUCAAAAGAAAAUCAAUUCAAAGAACAAAUGAAGGUGUUGAAGUUAAAAGAGGAGGAGUUCAAAGGUGAAGUAAAGGUGUUGGAAUUAAAGGAGGGGGAAUUUAAAGGUCGAGUUAAGGAGCUGGAAUCAGGGAAGAAGCAUUUUGAGUGCCGACUGAAGGAGCUUGAAUCAAAAGAAAAGCUACUCAAAGAGCAAAUGAAAGAAUUUCAGUCAAAAGUGGAGGAGUUUAAAGGUCAAGUAAAGGUGUUUGAAUCAAAAGAGGAGGAAUUUGAAGGUCGAGUUAAGGAGCUCAAUUCAAAAGAGAAGCAAUUCAAAAGCAAAACUGAGGAUUUCAAAUCAAAAGAGAAGCAAUUUGAAGAACGAUGGAACGAUCUCGAGUCAAAAGAGAAGCUGUUUGAAGAACAGGUCAUCAAGAAUCCUGAAUCAAAGCUGAAUAAACAUGACGAAAAAGAAUCAGCUACAUCUUACAUGGAUGAUGAAUCAAGCCCUCCCAUUGAUAAGACAAGUUUGCAGUUGGUCUCCUGUGAGCAAACUGACAUUCAAGCUAUUCUGCGAGAAUCAUCGGAUCCAGCAAAAUUGGUUUUGGAUAUAGUACUGAACCCCAUUCUUUCAAUUUGUGAUAAGAAAGGAGACAGUGAGGUGAUUAUUGAUGAUAGAUCCAUCUAUCUGCUAGAACAGCUGAUGAAAAUCUCACCAAAUAUUAAACCUUAUGUAAGAGAAGAAGCAAUGAAGCUAGCACUUGAUUUGAAAGCAAACAUGAAAGAAAAUACAGAGAAUUCUUUGGUGGUUCUCGGUUUUCUACUGAUUUUGUCAAUUUAUGGAUUGGUUACUUUUUUCGAUGAAGACGAAGUUUUGGAGUAUGUUAAUUUUAUAUAUAUCCUAGUUUGAGACUGUUGAAUCUUAGAACCUUCCUAAUAUGGUUUGCAAGUAUUUCACACCUGCUUUCGAGAUUUGGUGUCUGAUCGUAUUUUGAAUUAUUUAGUCCAAUCUGCAUAGGUUUUUUUGUUAACCAUAAUUUAUUUGAUGUCUGUUUUGAUAAAUUUUGAUGAAGUGAAAUUUUCUUGCAAAUUGCAGAUUUUGCUGAGAAACUUAACAGGAGGAAGCAAUUUAAUUCUGGUGUGCAUGCUACUUAGCUUAGAAGAAUCAAUUAGUAUUGUGCUAAAAAACUUAAUAUUUUGCUGAGAAACUUAACAGGAGGAAGCAAUCUGAUUCUGCAGGACAUGUUACUUGGCUUACAAGAAUCCACUAGUUUUGUGGUUGGAAAAAAUCAAUGUAAAGAAACGUGAUAAUGAAAACAUGCUAACAUAUACACCAUUUUUUGUUAGGGUACAUAUGUUGACGGGACUCUGUUUCUUACUCUUUCAAAUAUCUAAA